GUCACCGCGGCGCACAGACGGGCCCGGCGGCGGCGGCACUCGCACACAAUGGCGCUGAAACGCAUCAACAAGGAGCUUAGUGACUUAGCCCGUGAUCCUCCAGCACAGUGUUCAGCAGGUCCCGUUGGAGAUGACAUGUUUCAUUGGCAAGCCACAAUUAUGGGACCUAAUGACAGUCCAUAUCAGGGUGGUGUAUUCUUCUUGACAAUUCACUUUCCUACAGACUACCCUUUCAAACCACCUAAGGUUGCAUUUACAACAAGAAUCUAUCAUCCAAAUAUUAACAGUAAUGGCAGCAUUUGUCUUGAUAUUCUAAGAUCACAGUGGUCUCCUGCUUUAACUAUUUCUAAAGUUCUCUUAUCCAUUUGUUCACUGUUAUGUGAUCCAAAUCCAGAUGACCCACUAGUGCCAGAGAUUGCACGUAUCUAUAAAACAGACAGAGACAAGUACAACAGAAUAUCUCGGGAAUGGACUCAGAAGUAUGCCAUGUGAUGCUACCUUAAAGUCAGAAUAACCUGCAUUAUAGCUGGAAUAAACUUUAAAUUACUGUUCCUUUUUUGAUUUUCUUAUCCGGCUGCUCCCCUAUCAGACCUCAUCUUUUUUAUUUUUUUGUUUACCUCCUUCCAUUCAUGCACAUGCUCAUCUGAGAAGACUUUAGUUCUUCCAGCUUUGGACAAUAACUGCUUUUAGAAUCUGUAAAGUAGUUACACAAGAACAAUUGCCCAAGAUUCAGAAUUUUUUUUAAUGGAGCAUGUGUAUUUUGUGGCCAAUGUCUUCAUUCUAACUUGGUUAUGAGAUUAAAAACAAACAAACAUUCCUCACUGCUCUAACAGACUGAAGAUAUCACCUGAAGGGGGGAGGGGAGAUGGAUGUUCAGUUUUCUCCCAUCAAAGAAGUAACAUUGCUGUAGCAACAUCCAUCUUGUUCCAAACCUUCCAGUGUUAGAGAACUGAGGUUUUACUAUAUACUUUUGCUCAUAACUGAUGUGUCUGGAGAAUUGGUACUGAAUCUAUAGCAUCAGCAGAACAGAAAAUGUGAUGUAUCUUAUGCAUGUCAAUAAAGGAAUGACCAGUUCUUGUUUUACAGAGAAUGGAAAUUGGAAGUCAAACAUCCCUUGUAUUCCAAAAUAGGGUCUAAGAACAUUUUUGUAAUUCAUUUAAAUUUUGUUAGGAGGCUUGGAGCUAUUAGUUAAUCUGUCUUCCAAAACACUGUUUAAUAUAGCACUGAAUAAAUGAUGCAAGUUGUCAAUGGAUGAGUGAUCAACUAAUAGCUCUACUAGUAAUUGAUUUAUUUUCUUCAAUAAAGUUGCAUAAACCAAUGAGUUAGCUGCCUGGAUUAAUCAAUAUGGGAAACAAAAUCUUUUGUAAAAGCAAAGCUGGUUUUUGUAUAUACUGUUGGGAUUUGCCUCAUUGUUUAACAUCAAAUAAUGAUGUAAAGUUCAAUAGAGUGAAUCUUUUGCCAUUUUCAGUUAUAAUGCUCAGUCUGUUGCAGGUUGACACAUUGUUCGGCCUGAUGUAUGCAGAAUUAAUAAGCUAACAUAGUAGUGUAGCCUUAGUAGUGUGCUACACUUGGUGCUGGGAGCCCAGCGUUCAAGGAUGGACUUGGGACCCAGCAGAUCUGAAGUGGUGUAUUGUGGAGAUACUUCCUGAUGCACCUGUGUUUGCUGACUGAGAACCUUUUUCUUCACCUUGUACACUUGACAGCUGAAAGAUCUUAAUGUGGGAGUAAUGAUGAGGCAAAAAAAAUAUAAAAUAAAGUACUGUUUUGAUGUGGGAAUUGUCAU